AUGUUCAGCCCGGACGGGGGGCUGCCGGCCGCCCCCUUCGGCCUUCUGACGGACGCCGGACCUCCCUUCCCUCGCGGCACCUUCGACGGGGCGCCCGCUCAGCCGCUCUUCUUCCCCUUCGCCGCCACCGCCGAGCCCGAGCCCGCCCGCGACCCGCCGCCGGCCCGCGUGCCCGCCGCCCUGCCCGGGCCGCCCUUCCCUGGCCCGGCUGCCCCUGCCUUCCCUGGCCCCCAGCUCUGCCCCGCCGCGCUGCAGCCGGGCUCCGGCGGCCCGUCGGGGCUGGGCAGCAGCGGCAGCUCCAGCGGCGCCGCCAGCGAAGGCGGACACUCCAGCGACAGUGGAGAGGAGGAUGCGCCAACCUCAGGAGAGCUGGAGCAGUUCGCCAAGGACCUCAAGCACAAGCGCAUCAUGCUGGGCUUCACCCAGGCUGACGUGGGGCUGGCGCUGGGCACCCUCUACGGGAAGAUGUUCAGCCAGACAACCAUCUGCCGCUUCGAAGCGCUCCAGCUCAGCUUCAAGAACAUGUGCAAGCUAAAGCCGCUGCUGCAGCGCUGGCUCAAUGAGGCGGAGAACACGGACAACAUGCAAGAGAUGUGCAAUGCAGAGCAAGUACUAGCCCAAGCCCGGAAGAGAAAACGCAGGACCAGUAUUGAGACCAACGUGAAAGGGACACUGGAGAGCUUCUUCCGCAAGUGUGUGAAGCCCAGUCCCCAGGAGAUCUCCCAGAUCGCUGAGGACCUCAACCUGGAUAAAGAUGUGGUCCGGGUCUGGUUCUGCAACCGGCGUCAGAAAGGCAAACGGCUGCUGCUGCCCUACGGCAACGAGGCAGAGGGGAUGAUGUAUGACAUGAACCAGCCCCUGGUGCCCUCCACUCUGCCCAUCCCAGUGACGUCCCAGGGCUACAGCCUGGCACCCUCCCCUCCUGUCUACAUGCCGACCUUCCACAAAGCUGAGAUGUUCCCACAAGCGCUGCAGCCUGGGCUCUCCAUGAGUAACAGCGGCCACUGA